AACUUAAAUGAAAGACAACUCACUGAUCAACAUUUCCUGUCAGUAUUUUUGAAGUGACCAUGUUCCAAAAAAUAUUUCUGUGUAUUACUUUUAUUCAACUGUCGUUAUUGGAAAUUACAAUUAGCACUCCAAAACUACCCACUUAUUUCAAAAUAUGUCACAAAUCUGAUCCAGAUCUGGGAAAAUGUAUAAAAAGGUCUGUGGAGGAGCUGAGGCCUCUUCUCACCAAAGGCAUUCCUGAACUCAAUAUUCCCAGUUGUGAGCCACUUUGCAUUCCAGAAGUGGUUAUAGACCAGGGAACCGGAUCUGUAGCUCUCAAGUCAGUCUACAAGGAUAUAAAGGUUUAUGGACCUUCUAAAUUCGUGAUUAAACAGAUAAAAGUUGACUUAGAAAAAAAUAAAAUGAGAAUGAAAGUCUGGUUGCCCCAUCUUGAAGUUAUUUGUACCUACACAAUGGACGGAAAAAUACUCAUGAUGCCUAUAUCUGGAACGGGCUUGAGUAGAGCUAACUACUCUGACAUCGAAGCUACUGUUACCCUCAGAACUGAGAAAAUCAAGAAAGAUGGAGAACUUUACUAUAACGUGAAAGACUUUUACGUUAAUUUCGAUAUUGGUCAUGCACAAAUAUUCUUUGAGGAUCUUUUCAAUGGAGAUAAAGAUUUGGGUGAAGCAAUGAACUUAUUCAUAAACGACAAUUGGAAGCAAGUUGCAAAUGAAAUCAAACCUGUGCUUGAAGAUCAUAUUGCUGCAAUAUUCAAAAAAUUCGCUAACAAAAUUUUCCACAAAUACCCAAUUAAAACUAUACUGCCUGAGUGAACUUAUGAAUUCCAAAUAUGUUCGAUUUCAGGAAUUGAACCGAAUUGAUAAGUCCUUUUUUAUAUCAAUUGUUGGAUGAAAUUCAUUCCAACGAAAUAUUUAAUUAUGAUUUUUUACUUUGCAUAAAUAAAUAAUAAUGUAUUGAAA